AUGAGUAGCGAGACGGGCGAGGCUCUGCCACCGUUGGACGAGCUCCGGGAGGCGGGAAACAACGCCUUUAAGGCCGGCAAUUUUGACGUUGCCAUUGCACAUUAUACUCAGGCAAUUGAGGCCAAUCCACAGGAGGUAGCUCUCUUUUCGAACCGUAGCGCAGCCCACUUUAAAAAAGGCGACUUUGAGGCCGCUGCCCAGGAUGCCGCGGCAGCCAUUGCGGUUGACAAGACGUUUGCCAAGUCCUAUUCACGCCUUCACAACGCGUACUGUAAUUUGGGGCGUUUUCAAGAAGCAGCGCAGAGACUUAAUGAGGGCAUCGAGGCGCUAAAGGCUUCUGGUGCCUCCAAGGAGGAGAUAAGACAUCUACGUGAACUCUGCCUGGAUGCGGAGGCGGGGAGGAAGGCAGUUGAUGAUGGAAGACGAUUUUUGGAGAAUCGAGACUUCGCAGCGGCGGAACGCUCACUGGCGUCGACGGCGCGAUCAUUCCCUGACUGCGCCACUAUUGCAUUUAUGUUUGGCGAGGCCCUCGCUCCGCGGCAACCAGAAGAAGCCAAUCGCAUCCUUGUGCGGUUCACUCGGGCACAUGCGCAGGAUACCUACUACUUGUAUGUGCGGGCCUUAGCCAGCUAUUACCGUGGUCCGGAUGGCUUUAAAGCUGCGCAGAACAUUCUUCGUCAGGCAUUGGAGUUGGAUCCGGAUAACCGGAAAGUUAGUGCACUCUUAAAAAAGAUACGAGUGAUUGAAUUUCACAAGGAAUGUGGCAAUACUGCCUAUAAAGGGAAACGUUACCGAGAUGCCAUUAAUGCGUACACGUCUGCAUUGGGCAUAGAUGCCACUAAUCUAAGAACGUUAGCCACCUUGCGCGCCAACCAGGCUGCGGCAAAAAUGGAACUAAAAGAAUAUUCCGACGCUUUGCUUGACUGUGACUUUGCUGUUAACAAUGGUCUAAGUACUGCCAAACUUUUUGCGCGACGUGCACGAAUUCACGAGGCACUUAAUAAUUACGAUGACGCUUUAAGAGAUAUUCAGAAGGCAACCGAGAUGGACGCUUCGUACGAGGGAGAGUUUCAGCGUACAAAGGCAAGCGCAAAAAGGGCAAAACGCAAAGAUUAUUACAAAGUUCUUGACCUGCCGCCUAACGAAAAUGACGAUGCUCAGAUUAAGCGUGCAUACAAAAAGGCAUGCUUGCAGUGGCAUCCAGACAAAUGGGCUCAUGCCAGCCAGGAGGAAAAGACACACGCCGAAAAAAUGUUCAAGGAGGUGGGUGAGGCCUUCUCCAUUCUCUCAGACCCACAGAAGAAACGCAUGUACGACAAUGGGAUGCUUGACAACGCAGUUGAAGGAGCCAGUGGGACCGGAUUUUCAGGUUUUGCAGGACAAGAUGAGGUUUUAAUGCACAUGAUGAACAGAAUGUUCUUUACAGGCGGGGGAGGUCGAUGGGGUUUGGCUUCGACGGCGCCCCUCAGGGACGUCGUAAGCAGCAGCAGCAGAAUGGGUUCGCAUUCCAGUUUUUCUAACCUCGUAUGA